GCUGAUCUAGAAACAGGUCAGCAAGUGUUCACCGUCGGCGCAGGACUCAUACUAUGAGACCAUUGUACGGGAGAAUGAGGAGCAGCUUCCUGUAGAAAUCCAACCCUACAUUGUGCCCAAGGACAAAAUCCUCAAGGUUUACUCUGAAAUGUCUCAGGUAACCAACAACCUGACACAUCCGCGGUUCCAGAUGACAGAGGAAGAGGAGGAGGCUGAUAUCUUGUGGCGUUAUAAUCACAUCAAAGACUACAGGAAGCUGAGCGAGGAGCGACCUCAUGUGAUGCUCAACCAGUUUCCCUGUGAGAGCAUCGUCACUGUGAAGGACUGCCUGGCUGCUGUGGCCCGCAGAAUGAAAGGCGGACCAGCACCUGAUUGGCUACCAGAAACCUUCAACCUCCAAACAGAACUGCCACAGUUUAUCAAGCAUUAUCAGCUGAGACAACAAAGGGGAGAGGAUAAUCACUGGAUCUGUAAGCCCUGGAACUUGGCCCGUGGACUGGACACACACAUUACCAACAACCUGGACUACAUAAUCAGACAAAGAGAGAGUACACCAAAGGUGGUGUGUAAGUACCUUGAAGAUCCAGUGCUGUUCCAAAGAGAGGAGGUGGGAAUGGUGAAGUUUGACAUUCGCUACAUGCUGAUGUUGCGCUCUGUGAAUCCUCUGCGUCUCUAUGCCUACAACGUCUUCUGGUUGCGCUUUGCUAAUAGACCUUUCUCCUUGGACCAUUUUGAUGAUUACCAAAAGCACUUCACCGUCAUGAACUAUGCAGAGGGCGUGGAGCUUAAGCAGGUGCACUACGAUGAGUUCAUCCCCAUGUUUGAAGAGCAGUACCCACAGUAUCCGUGGAAGGAGGUGGAAGCGGAGUUGUUUAAAGCAUUCUUGGAACUCUUCCAGGCAGCUUCGGCUCGACCAGCUCCUUAUGGUAUUUGUCCCUACCCAUCAUCCCGGGCAAUCUAUGCUGUAGACCUCAUGUUGAAGUGGAGUACAGGGCAAAAUGGUGAGCGGGUCAUGCAGCCUCAGAUCCUGGAGUUGAACUUCAGCCCAGACUGCGCCCGGGCCUGCCUCUACCACCCCUCCUUCUACAAUCACAUGUUCCAGACGCUGUUCCUGGAUCAGCCUGAGCACUGCCCGGUCACACAGAUUGCAUAAUCAACUCAACAGCAUAGGGGAGUGUCUGCAGUCAUAUUUUUCCCUCAAUACUUUUCCAUCUUCUUUCACACUUCCUCUAUGGAUCUGUUUCUCUGUUGGUUUGUCAGUUUGUCGUUUGUUGUUUGUAGCUCAGUUUGUCAUAAACCCAGUUGCCUUUUUUCAUUUCAGUGCAAUGAUUACAAAGUUAUUCGCAAUACUGCUUGUGUUGGUGAUCCAAACCAGAACGCUAUUGUACAAAUGAGAAGCAAUAAAAACAAUGUUGGAUAAA